GAGUGCUAGUGUUGUUCCUAUGUUCUAACCGAAGUCGUAUAUGUUAUACUGUCCGUCUUUAUUAACUUAUUCAUUGUUUAUACAGCGAAUGAAAAGUUAAGAAGGAUGUCUCGGCCGAAAACAGGACCUCAAGAUUUACCUCCUGAGGGAGGAUAUGCUCCUUUCCACAUCAAUCGAAUCAAGCUACGUACUUUUCUAACAGGUCGUAUGGGCGUGGGGUUAUUUAUUGUUACCAAUGUUGUCACAUUUCCACUAUACUAUAAAAAUUGGGUAAGCGAGCGAAGAAAAAUGCUCGAAACGAAAAGUCGAGAACUAGCAACAGUGCCGAUGUUGUUAGCAGAAAAAGAUAGAGCGAUAUUAAAACAUCUGAAACGAAUGAGAGAAUUAGAAGCUGAUGUAAUGAAGGAUUUCCCACAUUGGGAAGUAGGCACAUUUUUUGGACAGCCGAUAUACGAAAGUUUGCCGGAAGAUACAUAUGUUGAACCACUUUUCGGCGAAUGUUACACAUAUGCGGAUCCUUACGAUGUACCAAUAACCCAAUACUCACAUCUGAUGGCGUAAACUUUACAUUAUGAGGUUGAUAUGUAAGAUAGUAUGUUGUAUUAUAUGAAAUAUAAUUAAUAAAUGCACAUAUUACAAAUA